AUGGGUCAAGAUUUACCAGUGAGAAAGUUCAAAUGGAUGAAGGACUUUUCCAAGUGGCAAGAUACCGCCUGCACGCUUGAAGUUCACCUUGAAUAUCCAGACCAUCUUCACCAGCUUCACAAUGAUUAUCCUCUUGCUCCUGAGCACAAGAAUGACAAGCUCAUUCCUAACCUGCAAGACAAGAAAAAUUACAUUGUGCAUCACAAGAUCUUGAAGUUCUAUUUAGCACAGGGUCUCAAACUGACAAAGAUCCACAGAGGUGUAAGUUACGAAGAGUCUAAUUUCUUGAAAGAAUAUAUAGACUUCAACACAGGCCAACGCGCAAACGCCAAAAAUGACUUAGAAAAAGACUUCUUCAAAUUGAUGAACAAUGCGAUAUUUGGCAAAACUAUGGAGUCCGUCAGACGUAGAAAAGACAUUACCUUAGCCACAACUGCCAAUCAGCUUCGAAAAUUAGUCAAUAGUAACAACUACAACUCACACAAAAUCUUCUGCAAAGAUCUAGUCAUGGUAGAACGACAAAAAGCAGAAGUCUAUCUCAAUAAGCCAAUAUUUAUGGGACAGGCCAUUUUAGACCUCUCUAAAGAGCAUAUGUAUGACUUCCACUACAGUCAUAUGAUGAAAAAGUAUGAACACAAAGCACAACUGCUGUACACUGACACUGACUCACUAGUCUAUAACAUACAGACUGAUGAUAUCUACAAAGACAUGCAGAAAGAUGCUCACUUGUAUGACUUCUCUAAUUUUCCAAAAGAUCAUGAGUUGUUUUCAGAUGUCAAUAAGAAAGUGAUUGGCAAGUUCAAAGACGAAGAGGCUGGCAAGGUGAUCUCUGAGUUCAUAGCUUUGAGGGCUAAAUUAUAUGCCUAUACAUGUGACAAAGACUGUGAAGUCAAAAGUGUAAAGGAAUCAAGCGACAAGUUGUGA